CUAAUUGUCAUGGCUCCACAUUGCAAGUAACAAUGGGAAGAGCGCCUUGUUGUGAGAAAGUUGGUCUGAAAAGAGGCAGAUGGACUGCUGAAGAAGAUCAAAUUCUCACUAAUUAUAUUCAUGACAGUGGAGAAGGCUCAUGGAGGUCCUUACCCAAAAAUGCCGGAUUAUUGAGAUGUGGAAAGAGUUGCCGACUGAGAUGGAUUAAUUAUUUGAGGUCUGAUCUCAAGAGAGGUAAUAUCACUUCUGAAGAGGAAGAUAUAAUCAUCAAAUUGCAUGCAACUUUGGGAAACAGAUGGUCUCUAAUAGCAGGAUAUUUACCAGGUAGAACAGACAAUGAGAUUAAAAAUUACUGGAACUCUCAUCUAAGUCGAAAAGUUGAAAGCUUAAGAAUACCAAGCGAUGAAAAGCUGCCUAAAGCUGUUGUUGAUUUGGCUAAAAAGGGUACAUUGAAGCCAAUUAAACAUUGUAGAAAAACAAUUAGCCGAUCCAUUAUGAAGAAAAAUAAAAUGUCAAACUUGUCUGAGCCUAAGCAAGCUAAAGAAAAUAGUACUAGUGGGUCUUUGAGUGGAACAGUUCCUAUCCCCUCAACACCAAACAUAUUGGAAAAAGAGGCAUUAUCUAGUACAAAUAGCUCAUUUCUAGAUGGUAAUAUGCCAGCUAGUGAUAGUGCCAUGGAAUUAAUGCAAGAAGAUGUAGCAAAGGUAGCGGCGCCAGAUUCUUGGGAGGUAUCUAGAGAGGCCCAGAGAAGCCUUAGUUCAGAUAGUGUGAUGGAAUGGCCAAGGCUCGAGGAGAUUAUGCCAGACGUGGUGACUAAUGAUGAAGAUAUGGACCCAAAUUUCAUUUUGGGUUGUUUAGAAGAAGAAGUUAGCAACACGGCAGGGAAAGGAAAUAGUUACUCAUGUAUUAAUGAAGGUAAUAAAAAAGUAGAAUGGAAUUGGCAAGAUGAUCAUGAAUUAGUAUGGCCAACGCCGCCAUGGGAAUUAGAAUCAGAGCAAGAGAACAUAAUUCCUAGUUGGCCACUAUGGGAUAGUAAUGACACUGAUUUACUUCAAAAUUGCACCAUUAAUCAUGAAGCAACAACAGUGGAAAUGGAUUCCAUGCACAUUAUGAGUGAAAUUAAUAAUCAAAACCAUAGCGCCCUUGUCUCUUGGCUUUUGUCCUAGAAAUAUGUAUAUGUGGCACUUCUUUUGAUUAGUUUGUAAGUAGACGUAUGUCCCUAAGAAUAUAUCACUUUUGGUUUCGUGUAACAUGGAAAUUGGAAUGACUAGUUUAUGUACAUAUUUUAAGUUGCAUGUCAUUGUUUACAAAUAUCGUCAAGUCAAUUUAAAUAUAUGAAUUGAUGUAGUAAUAAAUGUUGUUAUUACUUUUUCCGUUUUAAUGAAAACCUUUUGAAUCUUGUUA